AUGAAGAAGUUUUUAUACGAAUAUAAAGCUUUAAAAAGUAAUUCAGUUCGAGACAUAAGUAUAAGGGAGCGCGUAACUGUUACGACUCAUAACCUGAGCUCCUCCAGUAACCCAUUACCAGAAAACCAGUACUCUCAAAGCACUGCACAAAUCGGCACUAUCCGCACCGAGAAAUACAAACAAGACCUAGCUGAAUUUCAGGCACGAAGGUCGUCAGGAGCCAAAGACCUACCAGAAACGCCAGUAAAAAAAAAAUGUGGCCGACAUUCUUUACCUGUCUCUUGUACGGACUGUUCUGCAGACCCCGACAACACUUUCAAUUAUGAAAAGAAAUCUGCUAUCAAAUAUAAAAAGAAAAUACAGAAACGCGCACGAAGUACGACCCCAGACCGAACAGUUUAUGAAACUGGCGUGCCUAAUAUACAAUUUUUGUUUCAAAAUCAGGUGUUUAUGCCUGGUAAUUUGUUUCCGGGAGCGUCGUUUACUGAACCCCAAAAAAUCAAGCUACAUUCACGGCAUAGGAUAAGCAGAUCACCAGACUUGGACUUCAUGGUUCAGAAACACAUAGAUUUUAAAGAAGACGAACAGCCGGAUUGUCCGCCUAAUUUCUACAAGAAGAACUCUCUGCCUUUCGAUAUGAAGAGUUUCAUAGAUUAUUCUAAAUGCGAUGACGAUGUAACCGAUGGGCCUGCAGCAGCAGGCGACGUAAAGCUAUCUAGUCAGAAUUUAUCCACCUGUUCUAAGGAAGAAGGUGAUGAUAAACUUUUUGAGGUGAUGAGCGAAUUGAAAAACUUUGAUCAAUGGGCUGACGAGCAGCUGCAGGUUCGGUCGCCGGACACCACCAAGUCAGACGACAGCAAAAGCGACACGAGUGCAUACGGUUUACCAAUAGCGAGUGCAAGCAACCUUGAUGUGACAGUGGACAAGAAAAAAACGUGGAGUAACGGCAAAUGGGGAGUCGUUCCUGUUCAGAUAAAAAAACUCGCUGACGUCACUAUCGGCCACGUUAAAAAGAAAAACAACACAGAGAUAAAUAUUUUGCGAAAAUGUCGCCAUCCAAAUAUAAUACUUUUGAUGGGACUGUAUCCGGACAUACACGGAAACGUUCAUAUCAUUUGUGAGAGAUGCGUUGAUUCUGUUUUCGGUAUACUACACGUACAGGGUCAGAUUCUAAGUGCGCAGACAUCAGUGCAAUACGCGUUGGAUAUAGCGAAUGCUUUGGUGUUUCUCAAGAUGCAAGGGUACCUUCACACGGAGCUGAGCAGCGCCCAUAUCAUGAUAACGAGCCAUGACACGGCCAAGCUAGCGGAUGUAGGGUCGUGUGUUCAGUUAGCGAAACAGAAGCAGAACCCCCGUAAGGAGUAUGAUGUGUAUUCCCCUGAACCACAGUAUGUGAAUAUUGACGACACUCGUGAAUCUAAUGUGGCAGAAUUCGAGCCACUUAUAUCUGCUCAUCCGUCAGAGACGUACAUCACAUCCAACGCUGUAGCUAAGUCGUACGAGAACUAUCAUAGGUCGGAGCACUACAGGUGGCAGGCUCCAGAGCUGUUCACAGCCAACGAAGAGGGUCAAGUGUUUCCAUGCUCGAAAUGUGACGUCUACACACUCAGUCUUAUACUGUGGGAGUGCUGUAACGGUGAGUCUCUUCUAUCCUAA